AAAGAGCUCCACCAUUCUUUACCUCCACUUUAUUUUUUGUAAACUUAGUCAGAUAUCCGGCUUCUCGAUUUUUUUAUUUUCGCUGUUUCAGUUUACAAUUUUAAAAUGGGGAAAGAGAAGGUUCACAUUAACAUUGUGGUCAUUGGCCACGUCGAUUCCGGGAAGUCCACCACCACUGGACACUUGAUCUACAAGCUUGGUGGUAUUGACAAGCGUGUGAUUGAAAGAUUCGAGAAGGAGGCUGCUGAGAUGAACAAGAGGUCCUUCAAGUAUGCCUGGGUCUUGGACAAGCUCAAGGCUGAGCGUGAGCGUGGUAUCACCAUCGAUAUUGCCUUGUGGAAGUUUGAGACCACCAAAUACUACUGCACUGUUAUUGAUGCUCCUGGACAUCGUGAUUUCAUUAAGAACAUGAUUACUGGUACCUCACAGGCCGAUUGUGCUGUUCUCAUUAUUGACUCCACCACUGGUGGUUUUGAAGCGGGUAUUUCCAAGGACGGUCAAACCCGUGAGCAUGCUUUGCUUGCGUUUACCCUUGGUGUUAAGCAGAUGAUCUGCUGCUGCAACAAGAUGGAUGCCACCACUCCCAAGUACUCGAAGGCAAGAUAUGAUGAAAUUGUCAAGGAAGUUUCUUCCUACCUCAAGAAGGUGGGCUACAACCCUGAUAAAAUCCCAUUCGUCCCCAUCUCUGGUUUUGAAGGAGACAACAUGAUUGAGAGGUCAACCAACCUCGAUUGGUACAAGGGCCCAACCCUCCUUGAGGCUCUUGACUUGAUCCAGGAGCCCAAGAGGCCUUCAGACAAGCCACUCCGUCUUCCACUUCAGGACGUUUACAAGAUUGGUGGUAUUGGAACUGUCCCAGUUGGACGAGUUGAGACCGGUGUACUCAAGCCAGGAAUGGUCGUCUGUUUUGGCCCUACUGGAUUGACAACUGAAGUUAAGUCUGUUGAGAUGCACCAUGAAGCUCUCCCAGAGGCCGUUCCUGGUGACAAUGUUGGAUUCAACGUGAAGAAUGUUGCUGUCAAGGAUCUUAAGCGUGGUUUCGUUGCCUCCAAUUCCAAGGAUGACCCUGCCAGGGAGGCUGCCAACUUCACUUCUCAGGUCAUCAUCAUGAACCACCCAGGACAGAUCGGCAAUGGCUAUGCCCCAGUGCUUGAUUGCCACACCUCUCACAUUGCCGUGAAGUUUUCUGAGAUUCUAACUAAGAUUGACAGGCGAUCUGGUAAGGAACUUGAGAAGGAGCCCAAGUUCUUGAAGAAUGGUGAUGCUGGUAUGAUCAAGAUGGUUCCCACCAAGCCGAUGGUGGUGGAAACAUUCUCUUCAUACCCUCCUCUUGGACGAUUUGCCGUGAGGGACAUGAGACAGACGGUUGCAGUUGGUGUCAUCAAGUCGGUCGAGAAGAAGGAUCCAAGUGGUGCCAAGGUUACCAAAUCCGCAGCCAAGAAGGCUGGCAAGUGAACCGUGCUUAUAAAACCUCAGACCUUCUCGUCUGAGGUUUUCAAAUGUCCGAAUAAUAAAGACCCGGUUUCUGUUGGUGCUGUUUUGUAUGGUGAUCAUCGUUGUUGGCAUUGGUUAUCAGGUACCCAAUCUCAGAGUUGGGUGCUUGAUAGACGGUGGCGCAGCUGUCCUGUUAUAGUGUCUCUUUUUGUGUCGUGUUUGGUCCUCUACUUUCCUUGUCCGUUCUGCCCGAGUUCGACAUGGUUUGGUUCGUCCAAACCAUUUUCGACAUACCCCUGCAUACUAUUAUCAUUAUAGCUAUUAUCGGUUGCAUAUUUUUACAGUGAAUUUGCGUCUUGAUUUUACUUGGAAGAUCUCGGUUUAUUACCAAAUUAAUGUUGAUAUCAACGGGGACGUAACCUUGUUUAAACU